UCAAAUCAUCAAAAAGUAAAUAUGGCGAUGUAAUGUAAUAGGCUUGUGAGCCUUAGAGGUUCCCGUAGGUGUGUGACGUGUUACGGGAAAACAAGAAGUGGGUUCUGAAUGCUACUCUGUGUUUAUGGCUGUGAGUUGAGUAGACGAACAGUAAAGUUACGUUUAUAAAUGAAGUCGGUUGUCAAGCCUCAUCAAUAUAACGUGGUGUCAGAAGUAAAGGCGGAAGAAGAGUGACGGUAUGGCGCAGUUUCAACCACCAACGAGUUUGUGUUUGCAAGGCAAUCUUGCCGAAAAUUGGGGGAACUGGAGUCAGCGUUUUGAGCUCUUCUGUACUGCCAGUGGCAUCGCGGAGAAAUCCGAGAAGGUGCAGUGUGCAACGUUUCUUCACGUUGCGGGAGAGGAGACGAUUAAAGUGCUGGGACAGCAGGUAGUGGAUGAACAUGUUCCAGAUGUUUCUCUCAUUGGGGAGAUGGGGGAUGCGACAGAACUGGGUCGGCUGGUGCAGUUGGUGCUGGGCUGCACAGUCAGCUGCGAGAAGAAGCAAAGUACCCUGGGAGACCAGACAGCUGUCCACCUUGCAGUCCAAAGCAAUCACGAGGAGCAAACGUUCACAGAAAUGUAUUUUCUCUGAUGAGUUGAAGGUUAUAUAACAGCAGCUCUGACAGUGAUGCAGCUGCAAAUCACAGUGCUUGUUCUAACACACUAUCGUUACUAUAGAAACGGCUUUGGUAAAAUAAGGGUGGGUGGGUGGACGGGUGAUAAAGACUCUGGACCCUCAGCAGAAGCCCAACUUUGUCGCUCCUGAGGUUCAGGCUCUGAAGAACCAGCUCUCAGAGAAAGACAGGAGAAUCCAGCAUCUGGACGUGAGCUACACCUGAGAUAUGUCACACUGAGCGUUUGAGGAUUAUGGGUAAUCGGUUACUUCCUGUCACUAAUUGCUGGGAUAGAGGAUUUCUGAGACUGUACGGUUCGAUAUAUGACUUCCAAUUACAUUUCAGUUUCUAUCUGUAUUUAAAACACUUAACAGGUUGCUGUUACUGUUUGGAAAGGAUGAGUGGUGUGUUUUCUGUAUUUUCUUUGCUAUCUUUAAUUGGUAUUUUAUUUGUAGCUCCUAACAGUAUCACAUUGCCACAAAACAUCUUUACAAUAACGCAGAUUGUAGAUAAUGUUGAUUUGUCUAAAUUCUCUAGAAUUUUUAUGCUUGAAGGGGGGAAAAAUAUACUACACUAUUUAGUCAUUAUAUCAGAUACACCUGUCCAUAAACAGGUAGGCCAUAUUGCAGCUGUGCAAAAAAAUGUGAUGAUAAUGAUAA